AUGAAAUUUCAAUCCCUUAUUCUUAUCCUCAUUUUUUUGCUGGCCUCUACGGCUAGGAAUCAAGCUCUACUAGAUGGUUAUUACCCCAUCCUACCCCUCAAUGGUUAUGAUGUGAUAGAAAUCGCCAAAUUUGCUGUGACCGAGUACGACAAGCAAACAGGGGCAAAGCUGAAGUUCAAGAACAUCAUAAAGGGUGAAUCAAAAUUUGCUGAAGGGUUCACCGGCUAUCACCUUAUCAUUUCUGCUGACAACGGUUCUAUUUCUAAUAAUUAUGAAACCUUUGUCUGUACGACGGUCUACGUCCCUACAUGGAAGCUCAUUUCUUUUCGACCUGUUCAAGUUUAA